UUGUUUGUUAUAUUGUUGGUUCUAUAUAGAAGCGCAAUUUGUUCUCAAGGUGGUACAAUUUCUCAUCUUUAUUCAUCAUGGAGACCAAAGAAGAGACUCAAGGUAAAACAACCAUGAAAAAAACCCUUCUCAUCUUCAACUGCCUCAUACUAUCCAUAGGAAACUGUGGUGGUCCUCUAAUAAUGCGCCUCUACUUCAUCCAUGGAGGCAAACGUAUUUGGCUCUCUGCCUGGCUUGAAACGGGCGGUUGGCCCAUCAUUCUAAUCCCCCUUGCCAUCUCCUACUUUCACCGCCGUGCAACCGAUCCCACCACUAAACUCUUUUAUAUGAAACCUCCCUUGUUCAUUGCUGCCGCCAUCAUUGGUGUCCUUACUGGUCUGGAUGACUAUCUUUACGCUUAUGGUGUAGCCCGUCUUCCUGUUUCAACCUCUGCUCUGAUUAUUGCAACACAGCUAGCUUUCACAGCUGGUUUUGCUUUCCUUCUAGUCAAACAAAAGUUCACUUCUUAUUCAAUAAACGCUGUUGUUUUAUUGACGGUGGGGGCUGGAGUAUUGGCUAUGCAUACAGGUAGUGACAAGCCUGCUCAUGAAUCGAGUAGAGAGUAUAUACUGGGUUUUAUCUUGACGCUUGUAGCUGCUGCUCUGUACGGCUUUAUCAUGCCGUUGGUGGAAUUGACAUACAAGAAGUCCAGGCAGGAAAUGAACUACACGCUUGUGAUGGAGAUUCAGAUGAUUAUGUGUUUGCUUGCUACUGUCUUUUGUACCGUAGGAAUGCUCAUUAACAAAGACUUCCAGGCGAUUCCAAGAGAAGCAAGAAACUAUGAGCUGGGAGAAGUCAAGUAUUACGUGGUGAUGGUGUGGAGUGCAAUUAUCUGGCAGUGUUUCUUCUUGGGAGCCAUAGGAGUCAUCUUUUGUGCCUCCUCUUUGCUAUCCGGUAUUAUAAUCACUGUUCUCCUUCCAGCCACUGAAAUCCUAGCAGUUAUUUUCUUCCAAGAGAAAUUUCAAGUAGAAAAGGGUGUCGCUCUUGGACUCUCGCUUUGGGGCUUUGUUUCUUACUUCUAUGGCGAGAUGAAAGAAAACAAGAAAAAGAAACCAGCAGCUCCGGAAACUUUGAUGGCUCCAAGUAAUAAUCCGGUAGGAAAUGUUUGAGCAUUUGUUGCAACAGUGCUGUAAUUGCCAGUUUUUUUAAAACGCAUUCAUGCUCAUCGCAAUGAGAGCCUUCAUUUCGGUUCUCACUUCUUCAAA